AUGGAAAAUUGACUUGCAGAUUUAGGAUUUUCCAUCUCAAAUUAUGAAGAAGACUUCUCUAAUGGCUAUUUGCUAGGCCAAAUUUUAUACAGAUAUGAUCGCCAAGAAGAUUUUGGCCAAUUUAUCAACAAACCAAAAUUUGCUUCAAGCAAUUUAGCAAAAGUCCAGCUGUCCUUUGAAAGGCUAAGAUUAAAAUUCGAUCCACAAAGGCUUAUAAACAAGGAAUUUGGAUAUUCUAAAAAGGUGCUUAGCAACUUAUUUAAAGCUCUUCAUACUCUAGAUCCUCGCGCUCUACUAGCUGCAAAACCUAAAUCAGCAGUUUCUAUUAAAUUAAUUUCAAAAACGGAAAGGAUGGCUCAACGACUGCAAAAGUUUGAAGAAGAAAGAAUAAAACAAUCUAAACAGGCCUACGAAGACCACCAAAAGACGGAAGAAGUUAUUAAAAAAUUACAAGGAGAGGCAAGAAAAGCUCAUUUAGAUGCGAUAAAAGAAAAUAAAUUGUUUAUGCAGCAAUGGGAAGAAGAAGGGAAAAAAGAGUGAAAGAAAAAUCAGUCUAAUUUAGCUUCGAGAAAACAAAAGGAAUUUGAAUUGAAAACAAAAUUAGCACAAGACUUCAAAACUACUCAGGUCAAAUAUAUUGAUGGGAAUGCUUUGGAUGCUGAAAACAGUAUUGAUGAAUUCGAAAGAAAUAUGACAAGAUUAGGGAUUGAUCAUGUCAGCGAUGAGCCUGAAAGGAAAAAACAGAAACAAAAUUUGCAAACUGAAGCUGCUGUAACUAUGGCAAAAAUUAAGGAAAAUAAAAGCAAAAAUGUUCAGGCUGCAAAAGAGAAAGAAAUAAGGCAAAGAAAAAUCCAUGUCGAGCAGCUAAGAACUAAAAAAAUUGAUAUUUAUAGAAACCAUAUAAAAGCAAUUGUUGAAGGCUUACUCCCCCCACCCCUCCGUGAGUGAACAAAAAAAUUUUGUUCACUCAUGGAGGGGGGUUAAUUUUUUUUCUUUUUAAAAAAAAUUUUUAUAUAUAACGUUUCUAAAAAAUAUUUUUUUCGAAAUUUAAAAAAAUCCUAAUUCGUGAGAAUUGGAAAGCAAAUAUUAAUUGAAUUUAUAAAUUUAUCUUUUAAAAAGCAAUUUGUUUAAAAAUUAAACAGAAUUAGCACUAGGUUUCAUUAUGCUAAUUAUCACUUAUAUAUCAAAAUUUUUUUUCCAUAAAAAUUUUUCUAUUAAAAAAAAAUUUUUGUUCACUUACGGAGGGUGGGCUUUUGGGCAAAAAAUAGCGAUUUUUCUAAUGUUUUGUUCACUCACGGAGGGGGAGUUAGCAAAACCAAUUUAUAACAUUCUUGGAUUUGGAAUCAAAAAAGUAAAAAAAUUUUCAAAGUUUAUCAAAGAUACCCAAGAAGCAGAGAAAAAUAUCAAAGAAAUUAUGGAAAAAAGUAUGCAAAAAUGAGGACCAAUUGAAGCUCAGCGGCAAUUAGAAAUUGAAGAAAUGAAUGCAAAGAUUCUCAAAGAGCUUCCUGAGAAAAAGCUAGAAAUUAAAAGAAAAAUCAUUGAAGGAAUGAAAGCUAGCAGGGAAAAGCACCAAAAAGAAUGCGGCCCAGUCAUGAAUUUAAUUUUAGAUUUAGCAGAAGAGUCUGCGAAUUAUUUGAAAGAAAACCCAAAAAUACCUGAAAAAAUAUGAAAUGGAUGAAUGGAAAAAUUCAAAGAAGGACUUCCGCCAUGGGCUGAAGAAUCUAACUCUCUAAUAGACCAAGCUAAUAUUUCUGAAGUUGCAGAAGAAACUGAUGAAUUUGGAGAACCCAAGACUUCUGUACAAAUUGAAAAAAAAGAAUUAAAUGACUAUUUAAAUGCAGAAGGCAUAUGGGAAGCUGAAAAUGUGCCAAAUGAUGAAUACCUUGGCGAUAUUAUUGAAGUUGUAAUGGACGCUGCUUAUCCUCCAGAUCCAUUGCCUCCAUUUCCUCCUGGGCCUCAUUAUCUUCCCUACAAAAUCUGCAUAAUUGGCCCACCUUUUUCAGGUAAAAAAACUCAAUCCAAAAAACUACAGGAAUUGUUUGGGCUUAAAAUAUUUGAAAUGCAAAAGAUUAUAGAUGAUGCUGCAAAAGUGGUCCAAAGAAAAUCAGAGCCUGAGGAUCCUAAAAGACGAAAACUAGCUGAAGAAGAGCCAGAAAUUUUUAUACAGGCAGCAUUAGAAAAUAGUACAGAAACAGCAAAUGGAAGAUCAAAGUUAUUAAGAGGAAGGCUCAGAGGAGUGUUUGGUGAUGAACCAAAAUUAGAGGAAGAAGUUAAAAAGCCUGGAAAAAAAGAAGAAGUCAAGUGUCAAGGCUUUGCUAUUUUAAGCUAUCCAAGCUCAGCUGAAGAAGCAAUUGAUAUUGAAAAAGAACUAGGGGGGUUUAUUCAUCCUUCAGAACUUCCAGAGUCUGUAUCAUCUAUUAAAAAACGCGAAGCACAAAUUAUUGCAUUUCCUUCUCCAAAAGAGUAUCCUCCUCCAAAACCGUUUAGAACCGUUUUUGAUUUAGUAAUUUGGCUUGAUGUAGAAAAAAAUACUUUAAUUAGAAGAUGUGUUGAUAGAAGAGUAGACAAUAGUGGAAAUGUUUAUAAUCUAACAUAUCGUCCACCACCUGACAAUAUUCUAAAUAAAUGCAAACCAAUUGAUAAGCCUACAGAAGAAGAAUUAAAAAAGGAAAUACAAGAUUUUAAUGAAAGAAAAGAAGAGCUAUAUCGAUGUUUCAGUGAAUUUGGGGACAGAUGGGAAACUCUACUAUUUUUUGAUGCAGAUCAGCCUAUUGAGGCUGUUACUGAAAUUAUUAAAAAAAGAUUGGCUGAUAUAUCUGUAAUUAAAUCUCAGCCUAUAAACAAAGAAGAAGAUAGCACUAUUGUUUUUAAUGGGCAAACAUUACUUUUAAGCAAUGAUAGUGCAAAACUUAUAGCUGAUAAAUGGGAGACAAUGAAAUUUCAAUAUUUAAAAGAAAUCGGGUUUUCAUUGAAAUUAGUGGAUAUGCACUGAGAAAGAUAUUUGACACAUUUGCAAGAAAUGGGAAAUGAGUUUAGAGAAUUUUUAGAAAGAAAUGAUGAUAAAGAAAACAUUGUAAAAAAUUUCUUAAAUGGAUUAAACGGGAUUGUUGUCACGAAAACAGUGUUUAGCUCUUCCGAGUUAAGUCAAACUUAUGCUGAAAUAGGAGAACUGAUCGAUUUGCUAUGGGAUAUUACAGAUCAAAGGAAAAUAGAUGCAAUUUCUCAUAGAGAAGAAAUUAUGAAUGAAUCUCCCCUAAAUAAAGAAUUAACUGGGAUCAUCAAGCUUGCUAGGCAAUUACUGCAGGUUGAAAUCAAUAAAUAUUAUUCGAUAUUGAACCUGAUUCAUUUAUUUAAAGCACUUACGACCGAAACUGAAUUUUCUGAAUAUUCAACACCAAUUUUAAAAAUUAAUUGGAAUCUUGAGGUUCAAGCAGGUGAAAGUUUUCCUGCUUUGAAUCUUUUAAUAGAAACUGCUAACACGGACAAAAAUUUGCUCGCUAGCCAGGUUAAUUUUUGAUUUUUCGUAAAAAUUCAAAUUUGUUAAUGCCUGAAAUAAGCAAAAUUUAUUAGAAUUCCUUUAGAUUUCGUUAUGUAAUCAUUAAUAAAAUUAAAAUAUAUAGUUUGCACCAAAAGAUUUCGCUAACCAAGGAAGCCAAAAAUAGAAAUUUAUCUAAUGAUUUGCUCAUGAUUCAGGGGAUUAAGAAAUCAAUAGUUUCUGACCUAGCUGAAAUCGAAAGAAAUAAUGAAAUAUUUAUAUUCAGAUGCAGGCUGAUAGAAAAAUGGGCAACUAAUAGCAUCCAAAAAUAUACCGAAAAAAUCGAAGAAGCUUAUGCUGAUUUAGACAAUUGGAUUACAGAGUCUGUAAGUUUAGAAAACGAUGUAAUAAAUGAAAUAGUAAUUUUUAUUUAGGCAUCAAAAUUGAAAAAUGUAUUAGAUACUAGAAAUCCUUGCGAGGAUUUAAAAAUUCCUACCAAUCAAGAGAUAAAUAGCCAUUUUAAGCUUAACUUUUAG